UACUCCAGAACAUGGGUACACCAAUUAAUUUCUUCUAUAUCUACAAAGAUUGAUUUUUUUGUAAGUGUACCAAUACAAGCGUACCGUAGAGUAAAUUGAUGAAUGGGACAUCAAAGGCCGUAUCCAAAACGAAGCACCUCAUCACCACCCCCACCCCCACCACCACCAGCGCCGCCAAAUACGGCUUCCUCUUGCACCACUACGCCACCACCAAGUCCCUCGCCCCCACCACUCACCUCCACGCCCACCUCAUCACCUCCGGCCACCUCUCCGCCCGCCUCCUCCCUCUCCUCACUUCCUCCUACGCGGCGAGCGGCCACCUCUCCUACGCACGCAAACUGUUCGAUAAAAUGCCCGAACCGCCUUUACUCGCAUUUAACACCAUGAUAAGAGUGUACACAUUGAACGGCUCAUCGCGCGAGGCGAUCCAACUGUUUGUUGAAAUGCUCGCGGCGGGUUACCCCAGGCCCGAUAAAUUUACGUUCCCUUUUGUUGUCAAGGCGUGUGGGGAUUUGAAGUUGCUUGGUUUGGGUGUCUCGGUGCACGGUUUGGCUGUAACGGGAGGUGUUAAACUGGAGACGUUUCUGGGUAAUUGUCUGUUGGCAAUGUACAUGAAUUGUGGAGAGAAGGAGGUGGCUAGGAGGGUAUUUGACGCGAUGAUGGAGCGUAGUGAGGUGACUUGGAACACUAUGAUAAGCGGGUAUUGUCGGAAUGGGUUUGCUGAGGAUGCUUUGAAAAUGUUUAAAGAAAUGGUGGGAGAAGAGGUGAAGCCAAACAGUGCUACUUUGGUUUCGGUGUUGCCGGCUUGUGGGUAUCUGAAGGACUUGAAGUGUGGAAUGGAGAUUCUUGAAUUGGUGCAAGAGAGUGGUUUAGGGAGCUGUUUACCGGUGAGUAAUGCAUUGGUGGACAUGUUUGCGAAGUGUGGUUGUAUGACUGAAGCGCGGUUGGUUUUUGAUAAGAUGGACAAGAGGGAUGUGGUGACGUGGACUACCCUGAUCAAUGGGUACAAUUGGAACGGUGAUGGAAAAAAAGCUUUGAUGCUCUGUCCACUAAUGCUGUUAGAAGGUAUAAGGCCCAAUGCAGUGACUGUGCCUUCUCUUCUUUCAACUUGUGCUGAUUUGGGGCUUUUGAAGCAAGGCAGGUGCUUGCAUGGGUGGGUUUUGAGGCAAAAACUAGAAUCUGAUGUUUCCGUGGAAACUGCACUAAUUGACAUGUAUGCAAAAUGCAGUUGCAUAAUAGGAAGCUUCCGAGUGUUCGUAAAAACUUCAAGAAAAAGAACAGUUCCAUGGAACGCAAUUCUCUCCGGUUGUAUUCAUAAUGGACUGGCAACAGAAGCAAUUGCCUGUUUCAAAAAGAUGCUAUCGGAAUCAGUAGCCCCUAAUGCUGCAUCCUUGAACAGCCUGCUUCCUGCUUAUGCCAAGCUAGCAGAUUUGCAGCAAGCAAUGAACAUACAUGGUUACCUAAUAAGAUCAGGUUUUGUAUCUAAAGUAGAGGCUUCCACUGCUUUGAUUGAUAUAUACUCGAAAUGCGGAAGCUUACACUUUGCUCAUGAGAUCUUUAAUGGGAUUCCUGAGAAGGACAAGGAUAUCUUUUGUUGGAGUGCAAUUAUAGCCAGUUAUGGAAUGCAUGGGAAUGGUGAGAUUGCUGUUUCGCUUUUCAAUCAAAUGGUUCAAUUGGGAGUGGUACCAAAUGAAGUCACUUUUACUUCCAUUCUGCAUGCUUGUAGUCAUGGUGGUUUGGUGGACGAGGGUUUAGAUCUGUUCAAUUUCAUGGUUGGAGUUCACCAAAUGAGGCCUCGUUCGAAUCACUACACUUGUAUGGUUGAUCUUCUUGGUCGUGCAGGUCGGCUAGAGGAAGCUUAUGCACUAAUUACAACAAUGCCAUUUGAACCUAAUAAUGCUGUCUGGGGUGCAUUGCUUGGUGCUUGUGUGAUACAUGAGAAUGUGGAACUAGGAGAGUUGGCUUCAGAGUGGCUUUUUAAGUUGGAGCCCGAGAACACUGGAAAUUACGUGUUAAUGGCUAAACUUUAUGCUGCUGCAGGAAGAUGGAAAGAUGCAGAGAAAACGAGAAACAUGUUGGAUGGAAUCGGAAUAAGGAAAAACCCAGCUCACAGUUUGAUUGAGGUGAGAAAUAUGUAAAGUGGGUCAGUAUCUGUGGUGCUCAUCGUGGAAGGCUCUCGUUCAAGGAGUCAACUUGAAUAUGGCUUAAACGAGAAAAUUAGCACAAUGAGAAAUGUAGAAAGUUCCUACUGUAUCAAACAUCUUUCACCAACUAGAAGAGUAAUUGAGGGCAUAUGUUAAUGGUUGGAGUUGGUGCUUGGAUUGUUCCUUAUUUCUCUUUGCUCUAUUUGCACCUCGUUCAUUAGAGCCUUGUCAAAAGAGGAUACGGCCUAUCUGAGAAAGACUGCUUUGAUGCAGCAGAGGCAAGUAUACGAGAGUAUACUAAUUGCACAAAUUCAGCUUGAGCAGCUGAGACCCAUAUAUGGAUGGAUCAUGCAGUCAUGGUUGAUCAAAUCAAAGGUGAAGCGGCUUCAAUGCAUGUAAGUCCAGAAUAAAUUGAUGAGAAAUUUAGAAGAGACUGUGAAAUCAAGACUUUUCAUUACUUUUUGCUCUAUUCGGGUGCUUGCUUCCGGAAGAUGUUGUUCAGGAAAGGUAUAUUUUGACAUGUUUUUGUUCAGUUUUUAUUUCGAUGGAAAUCCAGUGCUAUCUCCCAUGUACUCAUACUAUAGGGAGUAGAAUGGAACAAAAUGUCUAUUUGCAUUCACUGAUCAGCUCAUAAUAGCAAAUUAGAGACAUUCCACUGCGUUUUGUAUUCACCGAUCAUUUCCUCCUCUGGAAAUUAUCUACGUUUUUUGGUUAUCA